CGUCGUCGUCGUCGUCGUCGGUUCUAUCGCGGCGCUGUCCGAAAAAUCAAAAAUAGCCUGUGUGCCAGUCAGUGCGGCGAUGUCGACGGCGAACGACGUUUCGACGGUACGGUUCGGCCGGUGGUGGUGGUGCUGGCGGAGACGAAGGAGGAGUACUACCUGCGGGUCAACGACGAUGCCGACGGGAUACGCGAAGACGAUCGUCCUUCUUGGUGUGCUAGCGGUGUUAUCCGCCCUCCUGGGCAACGUGGACGCCCUAGCGAAGACGAAACCGGACGAGCCCAGGCCCAAGGGUGGCCAGAAGGACGCCGAGCCUGUCAUCGAGGAAGUCAAUGCCAAGCAACUCGAGAGACUACUCAGCGAGAAGGACUUUGUUGCUGUGUACUGGUAUGCAAGAAGCUGCACGACAUGCGACAAGGUGUUGGCCGAGCUGGAGAAGAUCGACGACGACACGGACCAUUUCGGGGUCGACUUCGUCAAGAUCAACGACAAACGACUGGCCAAACAGUAUGGCAUCAAGACUUUCCCAGCCCUCACAUAUUUCCGUGAGAGGGAACCGAUCAUCUACGAAGGUGACUUGAUGGACGAAGAAAACGUACUAGACUUCUUAACGAGUUUAGAAGCGAUGGACCUGCCCGAUCGUAUCGAGGAAGUGAACGCGAAGAUCUUGGAGAAGAUCGUCGAGGAUACGGAAUUCGUGGCGGUCCUUUUCUGUCCGGAUACGCAACGGUGUGCUGGCACUGGUUCUAACAAGCCUGACUGCAAAAAGUGUCUCAAGGCCCUUCAAGAGCUGGAGAACAUCGACGACGAGGCCGAUCAGUUGGGCAUCGGCUUCGUGAAGAUCGCGGACGAACAGCUCGCUGACGAGUACAAUCUAGGUCCUCUUCCGGUUCUUGUCUAUUACAGGCAUCAGAUACCUAUCAUCUACGAGCACGAAUUGAGCAAAGAGGAAGACGUGCUAGAGUGGUUGGUGGCGAACAAAAGCACAGGAGACGAAGAGGAUGUGAUCGAAGACGUAACCGCGAAGACUCUCCAAACCCUCAUCGGAAAUAUCGACAACCUGGUCGUUUUAUUCUACGACCACGGUGACGAGGAUUCGAUGCAGGUGCUAACCGAGCUGGAGAAGAUCGACGACGACUGCGACAAACAUGGAAUCCAAUUCGUGAAAAUCGACGACGAGAAAGCAGCGAAGGAUUUUGGAAUCAAUUCGGUUCCGGCGAUCGUAUAUUUCGAAAAGCAAAUCCCGAAUCUUUACGAUGGAGACGUAGAGAACGAGGAUGAAAUUUUGGAAUGGCUGCUGUCGCAGUUGGAGAAGGACGAGAUCGAGGAUAUCACCGACGAAAUGUUGGAUCGUCUUAUCAAGGAUGGAAAAACCCUUGCCGUGCUGUUCUACGACAACAACGACCGGAAAUCCCAGAAGACUCUCAAUGAAUUGGAGAACAUCGACGACGAGUGUGAUCAAAUAGGAGUGACGUUCGUGAAGAUCGACAACGCGGAGGAAGCUAAAGAGUACGGUAUCGAGAAGAUUCCAAGCUUGAUCUACUUCGAGAAAGGAAUACCCACGUUGUACGAAGGAAACCUGGAAGACGAGGAGAAGGUUCUGAAAUGGCUGGAGCAUCAGCAGAAGAGCGAUCAUAUCGAGGACAUCACCGACGAGAUGCUCGACAUGGUCAUCGAGAAGAUGCCUCACGUAGCCGUCCUCUUUUACGACAAGGAUCAGAAGAAGAGUCAGAAGAUCCUCGCUGAAUUGGAGAACAUCGACGACGACUGUGAUCAGCAUAACAUAGCGUUCGUGAAGAUCAGCGAUCUGGAUGAGGCGAAGGAAUAUGGCAUCGACAAUCUUCCCACUCUGGUAUUCUUCGAGAAAAAAAUACCACACGUGUACGAAGGCGAUCUGAUGAACGAGGAUCAGCUGCUCGGAUGGCUACUGCAUCAGAAGAAGCACACAGAGAUACCGGAGGUGACGGACGAGAUGAUGGAGAAGCUGAUUGAGUCCUCGCCGUUCUUGGCAGUCCUGUUCUACGACAAGGACGACAAGCAGGAUAUACGUAUUCUGAACGAGCUGGAGAACAUCGACGAUGAGCUCGAGAAGGAGGGUAUAGUGAUCGUUCGUAUGGAUAACGACGCCGAGGCGAAGGAGUACGGUAUCGAUCAUCUUCCUACGUUGGUCUACUUCGAGAACAAAAUCCCUGCCAUCUACGAGGGAGAUCUGUUGAACGAGGACGAGGUUCUCGAAUGGCUGAUCGAGCAGAAGAAUUCUGCCACCAUCGAGGAGGUCACAGACGAGAUUUUGUCCGAUUUGAUUGAGGAACACGAAUACGUUGUCGCGUUCUUCAGUGGAGAUUGCGACGAAGGUGACGAGUGUGACAAAAUCCUUGAAGACCUGGAGAAUAUCGACGACGAGCUCGACGAAACUGGCAUCAUCUUCGUCACAACUGAAGACACAGGGUUCGCUAAGAAGCACGGAAUCAAGAACUUCCCUACGUUGGCCUUCUUCAGGAACAAGGAGCCUUUGAUCUAUAAAGGAGACCUGGAAGACGAAGACGAGGUGCUCUCGUGGAUCACCGAUGAGGAUACUCUUGAGAUCCCGGGGAAGAUCGAAGAAGUGAACGCCAAGAUGCUGGAGAACAUUCUCGAGGAGAACGAUUACAUCGUCGUGUUCUUCUAUAAAGAGGGCGACAAGAAGAGCCAGAAGAUCCUGCAAGAGCUGGAGAACAUCGACGACGAGUGCGAAGAGAAGGACAUCGACUUCGUGAAAAUUUCUGACGAUGGAAUCGAGAAGGAGUACGAUCUUCCUGGUCUACCAGCGUUGGCAUUCUACAGACACAAAUUCCGUCAGGUGUAUUCCGGUGACAUGAUGCACGAGGAAGCGAUUCUCGACUGGAUCCUGGAGCUUCGUACUCAGACACCGGAUGUGAUCGAGAACGUCGACAGGAAGACGUUGCAGGUGUUGAUCAACGACGUCGAACAUCUUGCUGUGUUCUUCUACGACGAUAAAUGCGAGACGUGCCCGGAAAUUCUCGAGGAGCUAGAGACCAUCGACGACGACACCGACAAACAUGGUAUUCAAUUCGUUAAGUCGAACGACGCGAAAUUAGCCGCUGAAAUCGGCGUCUUCUCGUUUCCGGCUCUCGUUUAUUACGAGACAGGCGUGCCCAUCAUGUACGACGGUAAUCUACUCGACGAGAGCGAGGUUCUCGAUUGGAUGGUGAAGCAGAAGACGGACGAGAGCAUCGAAGAGAUCGAUCGUGACACCCUGACCAAAUAUAUCGAGACGAAAGAAUUCCUGGCUGUCGUUUUCUACAAGGAAGAGGACCCAGAGAGUCCUAGAGUGCUCAGGCACGUCGAACUGAUCGACGACGAGGCUGCCGAGUACGGUAUAAAAAUCGUCAGGAUGAAGGAUCGAUUGAUGGCGAAGAAAUACGGCUUCCGGAAUCCGCCUGGUAUCACGUACUUCCGCAAGGGCAAGAACAUCAAUUACGACGGGGACAUCGACGACGAGGAGGAGAUUCUCGAUUGGCUGACCAAUCCUGAGAAUAUGGAACUGACCGAUCACAUCGAGAGAAUUAAUAAAAAGAUGUUCCAUAAAAUCAGACAGACCACUGAUUACCUGGCAGUGUUCUUCUACAGCAACGACUGCAAACAGUGUGGCAGGGUGUUGGUGGAAAUCGAGCAUAUCGACGACGAAGCUGAUGGCGCAGGAAUCAAAUUCGUGAAGAUCGACGACAAACAAUUAUCCAAACAGUACGGAGUCUUCGCGUUGCCCGCUAUACUGUUCUUUAAAAUGACUUCGAAGGAACCAGUCAUUUACGCAGGCGAUCUGUACGACGAGGAUCAGAUUUUGCAAUGGUUGAUGACACAGAAGGAUCCGUCCGGAGAGGUAAUCGAGGAUUUGGAGGGGGAGGAUCUCUUGAAUUUGAUAAGAGAAUCGGAGUCCUUGGCCGUGUACUUCUGGAACAGAACGCUUUGUGACUUGUGUCAGGCAAAAUAUCAACGCAAGCAGACCCGCCACAGGGAGCGCAGGAUCGUCGAACACGAGGCAGCCGAGGAACUCGAUGGUACACAUGCCGAAGACUGCGAGCAAUGCAUAGGGAUCCUCGAGGAACUGGAGAACAUCGACGACGAUUGCGACAGGCACGGUAUUACGUUCGUGAAGACACAGGAUUACAAAGUGGCUGAGGAUUAUGGAGUGACAGACUUUCCAGUGUUGGUCUAUUUCGAGAAUCAGAUACCAAACGUGUUCGAAGGUGAAUUGAAAGUGGAAGAAGAGGUUUUGCAAUGGUUGAUCACUCAGAAAACGGAGGAUCGGAUAGAAUUGAUUACCAGAGUGAUGUUGGAGAAUUCUGUCGAAGAGACUCAGUACCUCGCAGUGUAUUUCUAUAAGCAAAAUUGCCAUAUAUGCGAUGAAAUAUUGGAGGGAUUGGAGAAGAUCGACGACGAGUGCGACGUGUUCGGUAUUCACCUGGUGAAAAUUCAGGAUCCUCAGUUGGCCAAGCGAUACUCCAUCAAGACGUUCCCUGCUUUAGUCUACUUCAGAAAUGGCAAUCCUCUUUUGUUCGAAGGCGAUUUGCAAAACGAAGAAUCGGUCCUCGAGUGGCUGAUCGACGACGACAAUCGGGAACUGGCGGACGAGAUUGAAUCGGUGAACGAGAGGAUGCUGGAAAGACUUCUCGACGAAUCUCCGUUCUUGGCUGUGUUCUUCUACGACGAGGACUGUCCCGAAUGCGACGAGAUUAUGGAGGCUUUGGAGAAGAUCGACGGCGAGGCGGACUUGUUCGGUAUCGAUUUCGUGAAAGUUCUGAAUCCGGAGAGCGGAGAGAAAUACGGAAUUCUGAAUGUUCCAUCUUUGAUCUACUUCCGUAAGAAGACUCCUUUGAUUUACGACGGCGAUCUUACUCAGGAGGACAAGAUUCUACAGUGGCUCACCUCUCAAGACGUCUUCGAGAUUAAGAACGAGAUCGAAGAAGUGAACAAGAAGAUGCUGGAUAAAUUGCUGGACGAGAACGAAUUCCUGGCUGUCUUCUUCUACGAGCACAACAGCAAAGAGAGCGAGGAAGUGAACGAGAAACUGGAGAAUAUCGACGGAGAAACGGACCAGUUGGACAUCACGUUCGUAAAGAUGGCUGAUCCGAGAUACGCUAGAAAAUGGGGCGUCACUAAGCUUCCGGCGAUCGUCUACUUUCGUAAAAGAUUCCCUAGCAUCUACCGAGGCGAUUUGCACAAAGAGCAAGACGUGCUGGAAUGGCUGCGCAAGAACAGGUACCGCCAACCGGAGCUGAACAUCUACAUGUACAUGCUGAUCGCGAUCACCGUAUUGUUCGCCAUGUACACCGGUUUCCUGUUGUCGUGUUUCCGGUCGGAGCCAACCGCGCCCGCGCCACAUCCGAAGCAGGCGUGAAAACUCGUGUGAUAGAUAAGAUAACCGGGAAAUGAACGAACGAAAGAGUUUAAGAGAAUGAAAGAGAGAGAGAGAGAGAGAGAGAGAGAGAGAUUUAUGGAUUGUUGCUGCGCGAAUGUGCGUUCUUGUUGUUGUUGAUCCGACUCGCUUUACGUAAGAUUACUAAAUGACGGUUGUUCGUCCGGAACGAACAACCUGGGUACCAAUAAAUAGCACGACGAUUCUACGAGG